AUGGGGUCACGCGAUGUCGACGCGCUGUGGCAGGAGCUGGCGCUGGAGAACGAGUUCCACAACGUCGAAGUCUCUCGGCUGCUAAAGAAAUCCAUGGCGACGGGCGCCACCUCCAGGAAAUUCGCCAAGAGCUCCGGCAACCGACGAGCCGCGCGCCACGAAGAGGCCUUCAGUCUGCCGAAGGUGCUCAACCGUCUGGCCUCGGAGCAGCGCAGUGUGCGCAAGAAGGCAGCGCUUGCGCUAGAAGCGCACUUCCUGGAGGACGACACCAAAGAGCAGCAGCUGACCCCGGAGGCGGCAGACACAGCCACAGCGCCCGAAGUGUUCGCGGAGAUGGCCAAGCCGCUGUUCAAGCGCUUCAACGACCCGGUGGAGAAGGUGCGCGAGAUCUGCAUCCGAAUCACGACCAAUUGCAUCGCGGAGGAAGAGGAUCUGCUCCGCUAUCUGCCGUACUUGAUGCCAGCUAUAACCAACCGCAUUAACAGCCAGUACGGUUACGACGAGGAGAACCAGGUAUUCUCGCGCGACCAGUUCCUGCAUGACGCCUUCAAGCGAGGAAGAGUCUACGUGGCGGAGAACCAAGUCGCUCGGAUUAAACCCGACGAGCCAUCCGAGGAAAUCCGUCUUCUGCUGCUUGGUCUAGUGGACGCUGUCCUGCAGAACGCCUUCGAGCGUCGAGCUUCUUCCAUCCUACACGCGUACAUUUUUGACAUUUUGCUGGUACUCAUCAGCGGCGUCCACGACGACUUCCACGAAAUCAACAUCGCUAGCUGCAGGAUCUUGGCGUCAAUCAGCAACCACAUGGUCUCGGUCACGAAGCACUUCAGCGUAGCAGCCGUGCGCACCCUCAUGCCGCUGCUACUUCAUCGUCUUGCGCGAGUACGAAUCGCUGUAGUGGAGAGCAUUCGCGCGUUGGUGACCUGUCCGAACGUCGAGAAGUGCAAGGGCAGCGGUACCGAAGCCAUUGUCGAUCUAAUUGGCCACCGUGACGAAAAUGUCAUCCCUGUGGCGUCGUUCUACACUACCGAAGUGCGGCUAAACUACUUUGCCAGACUGGAUCAAGACAGAAACCCGAUGGUGCGCCGCGCCUUCUUCGCAAUGAUCAGUGACUGGAUGGUCAAUCUUCCAGAUCGCUACGAUCACGAAUCUCGGUUGUUGCCGUAUUUGCUAAGCGCCGUCAGUGACGAAGACACCGCGAUCUCCCAAGAUGCUUUGAAAACUCUUGAGGUUCUUGGCGAGAGAUACGAGCGAGAGCAUGGAGAAGAAGUGAUUGAGAUCAAGCAGUAUGGAGUCGACGGGAAAAAUCCUACGUACAACUACCGCGCCAAAUUACCUGCGCCGUUUGUUGCUGGUCGACCAUCGCUGGGUACGAGGCUAUUCGUCCGCGGGCGAGCGCGAAGGUUCUUGAACCCAAUCUUGCGUGAACUUGCGAACUGGCAAGAUGCUACGCGUGCUCAUGCAGUGCGACUUCUGAAGUGUGUACUGGUUUACUGCGAGGAGACCAUCACUGUAGACGUUCACCUGUUAGUGAACACACUCUUGCGGACGUGGGGCGGUGAUCACGAUUUACUACCGGAGCUACGGCAGUGCGCUGACCUGACCGGGCGAUUUGCGGCUCCAAGAACGUAUCUGCCCCUCCUGCUCUCACGUAUUCGAGGUGACUCCGACGUUGUCGUGCCUAUAGCCGCAACAAUAGGAGGCAGUGUCUCCGCUGCUUCGCAGACUUCUAUUGCGUUAGAAGUUCUGCACUACCUGCUGGAAGGGUCACCAGACAAAAUGGUUCUUCCGCACGUGCCCGAGAUCCUGGAUACGAUUGCGCUCCCUUCCAUUCUCGACCUAGAGAGCAAAACCGUGAAGCUAGCAUUGGGUCAAGUACUUGUGCAGAUAACGAAGCUACUCGAGCGUAAUGGAAGCGAUGCGGUCACAUCGUUUUUCUUGGAGCGCGGGCGCUUGACGUCCAUGGAGCAGAGCUACUCGAGGCUUUUCGACGUCGGUGUCGUGGUGGUGACCAGCUCGAAUUGUUCUGCUGCCGCUGCAAUGUGA